UAUCGAGAAAACACACACAACACGCACAUCUCUCAACACUCAACACAGACAGGGCAAGAACAAAUUUCCGUACACAAGCAGCGCGAGCAAACACAACAGAGGGCCGUGUGUGUGCUCGGCGAGCCACCCCCUACCCUAACCACCGGGGCAGAGUACAACAAGCUCUCUGUGUUCGCUGCGAGAAUCGAAAGAGGCAGCAACCUUUGUCUUCAUGAAAUCUUCCGUCCUCCUCGCCGCCGGGAUUGUUGUGGGCUCGGUACAGGCUUCGCCCUCCGCCCCGAUGCGGUUCAUGGAGCACCUUCACGGCUCAGGGGUGGACUCACAGUCGCCAGACCGAGGAGGGGAGGGGCUGCAGCUUUACGUGUCUAAGAGAGCUUGGGUAGAGGACCGCGCCUGCACGCGUCUCUCCCGCACGCCCCACCUCAUCACGACGAGCCAAUCAACCUGGUUUCCCACCGCGGUGGAAAUGGCAGAGGGCUUUUAUUCUGCGGACGUGGCCGCCCUCGCAUGCUGAGCAACAAUAAGAGCUCAUCGCGAGGGCCCGUCAUUUUGGUACGAAGCGUUGUUGUGGUGGUGCAUGGGAUUUUCCGAUGUGACGGAGCUCGGUGGCACAACAGCCGGGGUCAAGACGCGUCGGGAUUUUGCUGUUUGGCGCGCCUCACGUCGAUGCCGUCUGUUGACAGAAGUUAUUUGAUCUUCCGUCUCUUUCGGAUUUGGUGGGAGAUCGGAGGGGGGCGCCGCCACGGCAGAUGGAAGGAAGGGAGGGGCGGGAGAGUCGUCUCUGCGUAUCUGGUUUUCAGCUGGAGUAUCUUGGUUACCGAUAUCACAGCACAUAUCGGCCUACGAAUUAUUUCUCGCCGGUUCCGGUCGUGGGAACUACAGUAUAUGUUACGAAAGAGGCAUUUGUACAGAUGUGAAGAAGAAAAGGCGGGGAUUCCGCGCAAGAAGUUUGCCUGUUUCUUCGGCGAUGUAUAAUUUGUCGAUAUUCUGGCCAUGCCAGUGUUUUAUCUUGAACAACCUUUGCUCCGCAUGAGUGUGUUAAGCGGGCAAGGAAGGUGUGUGGCCACAACCGCUGUUUGCUCAAUCAUCUAUGGUUUCGUUGUUGGUGACGUUUUUUGUUUGUGAUUGGAUCAUGAUCCUCUUCGACUCUAUAUUUUGUGUGUUUUUUCACGUGCUUUUUAGUAUAGACUUUUGAUGUCUGUGACUAGCCAGCUGUCGGAAAGGCUGCUGCUGCUGCGUGUCUAGUCUAGUGCCUCUCCUCGCGGGGUCACCUAGCUCGGCGAGGUCACCUCGCUCGCGUUCCGAGCAAGCCCUAUGGCUUGUGUUCGUCCGAACGGAACAAGGCCUCGGGUAAAAUGGUUGGCGUGCGGCCUAGUUGCCCUGUAGUGGUGUAAGAGAGUUCCCAUCUAGCGACGCGACGGGUGUGAAGCUGCGCAUGAUGUCCUCUGUUUUUUGCUUGUUGAUAUCGAAAGCACGGAAGGUUUCCGGGGACCAUGUUGCUAGGGAGGCGGGCAGACUGGAGGAAAUACGUGUGUUUUGGGUCAUGAUGAUGAUUUGGAUUCGAAGAUGGCCACCGAUCAAUUAACGGCAAGGCCAGGGGGGGAUACAGUCGGGGGGAAGAACCGGAGUACGAGGGGGCUGACCCUGCCUCUGUUGUGUAAAGAAAAGACCUCCGAAAACGAAGUCGGCGUGGCCUGGCGGUUGGGCGAUCUACGAGUUUUUAGAAAUGGGCAGUUAGUCCAGUGAACACCACAGCACCUAUCGGCACGCGGGCCCUUCCUUUCCCCGUCCGGCCCGGAUUUGUUGUGAUCGUCGAGUCACGAAUUGGGCUGAAUUGGAUUAUGACCGUUUUCGUACACGACGAAUGGGAGGGGAGGGGGGUAUCGACAUGUACAGAGAGUGGAAAAAGGACAGCAGCGGGGGGAUGGAGUUUUG